GGGGGCGCCGCCGCCAUCUUCUCGCCGAGGCCGCCGCGCCCGCCGCGCCCGGCCGGCAGCGCACGGGUUAAGGCUGGCACCGCGCCCGGCGGGAGGGGGGGCGCCCACCUCCCCUCCCCCCCGCGCCGGGCAUGCGGGGCCCGCCGGGCACCGAGGACGAGCCGCCGCGGCUGUUCGCGGACGAGAUGGAGAACGAGGACGAGAUGUCAGAGGAGGAAGACGGCGUCCUGGGGGGCUUCGAGGAGUUCUUUGCCGAGGAGCCCGUGAGCCUCCCCAAGAAGAAGAAGGCCCGGAAGCCCAAGGAGAGCAGGCCCAAGGGGAAGCGCAGGAAGAAGGAGGGGAGCAAUGACGAGCUGUCCGAGAAUGAGGAGGUGCCGGGAGGGAAGUCUGAGAGCGAGGGCAGCGACUACUCCCCGACCAAGAAGAAGAAGAAGAAGCUCAAGGAGAAGAAGGAGAAGAAGGCCAAGCGCAGGAAGAAGGAGGAGGAGGAGGAGGACGGCGAGGACGGGGGCCUCAAGGAACCCAAGUCGUCCGGGCAGCUCAUGGCCGAGUGGGGGCUGGACGACGUGGACUACCUGUUCUCGGAGGAGGACUACCGCACGCUCACCAACUACAAGGCCUUCAGCCAGUUCCUCAGGCCCCUCAUUGCCAGGAAGAACCCGAAGAUCCCCAUGUCCAAGAUGAUGACCGUGCUGGGCGCCAAGUGGCGGGAGUUCAGCGCCAACAACCCCUUCAAGGGCAGCUCGGCCGCGGCGGCCGCGGCGGCGGUGGCCGCGGCCGUGGAGACGGUCACCAUCGCUCCGCCACUGGCCAUCAGCCCCCAGCAGCCGCCCCAGCCCGUGCCCAUCCGCAAGGCCAAGACCAAGGAGGGGAAGGGGCCUGGCGUGAGGAAGAAGAUCAAGGGCUCCAAGGAUGCCAAGAAGAAGGGCAAGAAGAAGGCGCAGGCGCUCCGGCUCCGCCUUGGGGGGGCGGGCGGCAAGAGGAAGAAGGGGUCCUCGAGCGAGGAAGACGAGCGGGACGAGUCCGACCUGGACAGCGCCAGCGUCCACAGCGCCUCGAUGCGCUCCGAGUGCUCCGCGGCCCUGGGCAAGAAGAACAAGAGGAGGCGCAAGAAGAAGAGGAUGGACGAUGGGGACGGCUACGAGACCGACCACCAGGACUACUGUGAAGUGUGCCAGCAGGGCGGCGAGAUCAUCCUGUGCGACACCUGCCCGCGCGCCUACCACCUCGUCUGCCUGGACCCCGAGCUGGAGAAGGCCCCGGAGGGCAAGUGGAGCUGCCCGCACUGUGAGAAGGAGGGGAUCCAGUGGGAGCCCAAAGACGAGGACGACGAGGAGGAGGAGGGCGGCGGCGAGGAGGAGGAGGACGACCACAUGGAGUUCUGCCGCGUGUGCAAGGACGGGGGCGAGCUGCUGUGCUGUGACGCCUGCCCCUCCUCCUACCACCUGCACUGCCUCAACCCGCCGCUGCCCGAGAUCCCAAACGGUGAAUGGCUCUGCCCGCGCUGUACUUGUCCCCCACUCAAGGGCAAAGUCCAGCGGAUCCUGCACUGGAGGUGGACGGAGCCCCCAGCACCCUUCAUGGUAGGGCUGCCAGGGCCCGACGUGGAGCCCGGUGGCCCCCCGCCCAAGGCCCUGGAGGGCCUCCCGGAGAGAGAGUUCUUCGUCAAGUGGGCGGGGCUGUCCUACUGGCACUGCUCCUGGGUGAAGGAGCUGCAGCUGGAGCUAUACCACACGGUGAUGUACCGGAACUACCAAAGAAAGAACGACAUGGACGAGCCGCCGCCCUUCGACUACGGCUCGGGGGACGAGGACGGGAAGAGGAAGAGCAAGGACCCGGUCCAGGCCAGGAUGGAGGAGCGCUUCUACCGCUACGGCGUCAAGCCCGAGUGGAUGCUGGUGCACCGCAUCCUCAGCCACAGCUUCGACAAGAAGGGGGACGUGCACUACCUGAUCAAGUGGAAGGACCUGCCCUACGACCAGUGCACCUGGGAGAUGGACGACAUCGACAUCCCCGACUACGACAGCCUGAAGCAGGCCUACUGGGGCCACAGGGAGCUGAUGCUGGGUGAGGACAACAGGCUGCCCAAGAAACUGGCCAAGAAGGGCAAGAAGCUCAAGGACGAGAAGCAGGAGAAGCCUCCGGACACCCCCAUUGUGGAUCCCACGGUCAAGUUCGAUAAGCAGCCGUGGUACAUCGAUGCCACGGGCGGCACGCUGCACCCCUACCAGCUGGAGGGCCUCAACUGGCUGCGCUUCUCCUGGGCGCAGGGCACCGACACCAUCCUGGCCGACGAGAUGGGUCUGGGCAAGACCGUGCAGACCAUCGUCUUCCUCUACUCCCUGUACAAGGAGGGCCACUCCAAGGGGCCCUACCUGGUCAGCGCGCCCCUGUCCACCAUCAUCAACUGGGAGCGGGAGUUUGAGAUGUGGGCGCCCGACUUCUACGUGGUCACCUACACGGGGGACAAGGAGAGCCGCUCGGUCAUCCGGGAGAACGAGUUCUCCUUCGAGGACAACGCCGUCCGCAGCGGGAAGAAGGUCUUCCGCAUGAAGAAGGAAGUGCAGAUCAAGUUCCACGUGCUGCUCACCUCCUACGAGCUCAUCACCAUCGACCAGGCCGUGCUGGGCUCCAUCGAGUGGGCCUGCCUGGUGGUGGACGAGGCCCACCGGCUCAAGAACAACCAGUCUAAGUUCUUCAGGGUCUUGAACAGCUACAAGAUCGACUACAAGCUGCUGCUGACGGGGACACCGCUGCAGAACAACCUGGAGGAGCUGUUCCACCUGCUGAACUUCCUCACCCCCGAGCGCUUCAACAACCUGGAGGGCUUCCUGGAGGAGUUUGCCGACAUCUCCAAGGAAGACCAGAUCAAGAAGCUGCACGACCUGCUGGGGCCGCACAUGCUGCGGCGGCUCAAGGCCGACGUGUUCAAGAACAUGCCGGCCAAGACGGAGCUCAUCGUCCGCGUGGAGCUGAGCCAGAUGCAGAAGAAGUACUACAAGUUCAUCCUGACGCGGAACUUCGAGGCGCUCAACUCCAAGGGGGGCGGGAACCAGGUGUCUCUGCUCAACAUCAUGAUGGACCUGAAGAAGUGCUGCAACCACCCCUACCUCUUCCCCGUGGCCGCCGUGGAGGCCCCGGUCCUGCCCAACGGCUCGUACGACGGCGGCUCCCUGGUCAGGUCCUCGGGGAAGCUGAUGCUGCUGCAGAAGAUGCUGAAGCGGCUGCGGGACGAGGGCCACCGCGUGCUCAUCUUCUCCCAGAUGACCAAGAUGCUGGACCUCCUGGAGGACUUCCUGGAGUACGAGGGCUACAAGUACGAGCGGAUCGACGGCGGCAUCACAGGGGGGCUCCGGCAGGAGGCCAUCGACAGAUUCAACGCCCCCGGGGCCCAGCAGUUUUGCUUCCUCCUGUCCACGCGGGCCGGUGGCCUGGGCAUCAACCUGGCCACGGCGGACACGGUCAUCAUCUAUGACUCGGACUGGAACCCCCACAACGACAUCCAGGCCUUCAGCCGCGCCCACCGCAUCGGGCAGAACAAGAAGGUGAUGAUCUACCGCUUCGUGACGCGGGCCUCGGUGGAGGAGCGCAUCACGCAGGUGGCCAAGCGCAAGAUGAUGCUCACGCACCUGGUGGUGCGGCCCGGCCUCGGCUCCAAGUCGGGCUCCAUGACCAAGCAGGAGCUGGACGACAUCCUCAAGUUCGGCACAGAGGAGCUGUUCAAGGACGACGUGGAGGGCAUGGUGCAGGGCCAGCGGCCCGUCACGCCCAUCCCCGAUGUCCAGUCCUCCAAAGGGGGAGCCCUGGCCGCCAGCGCCAAGAAGAAGCACGGCAGCACCCCGCCAGGUGACAACAAGGAUGUGGAGGACAGCAGUGUGAUCCACUAUGACGACGCGGCCAUCUCCAAGCUGCUGGACCGGAAUCAGGACGCCACCGAUGACACGGAGCUGCAGAACAUGAACGAGUACUUGAGCUCCUUCAAGGUGGCGCAGUACGUGGUGCGGGAAGAGGAUGGCGUGGAGGAGGUGGAGCGCGAGAUCAUCAAGCAGGAGGAGAACGUGGACCCCGACUACUGGGAGAAGCUGCUGCGGCACCACUACGAGCAGCAGCAGGAGGACCUGGCGCGCAACCUGGGCAAGGGCAAGCGCAUCCGCAAGCAGGUCAACUACAACGACGCGACGCAGGAGGACCAGGGUGCGCGCGCCCGGCGGCGGCGGCGGCUGCGGCUGCAACCUGGGGCAGAGUGGCAGGACGAGCUCUCGGACAACCAGUCUGAGUACUCCAUCGGCUCCGAGGACGAGGACGAGGACUUUGAGGAAAGGCCGGAAGGGCAGAGUGGACGGCGCCAGUCCCGGCGGCAGCUGAAGAGUGACCGGGACAAGCCGCUGCCACCUCUCCUUGCUCGCGUGGGCGGCAACAUCGAGGUGCUGGGCUUCAACGCGCGGCAGCGCAAGGCCUUCCUGAACGCCAUCAUGCGCUGGGGCAUGCCGCCCCAGGACGCCUUCAACUCCCACUGGCUGGUGCGGGACCUGCGGGGCAAGAGCGAGAAGGAGUUCAGGGCCUACGUGUCCCUGUUCAUGCGGCACCUGUGCGAGCCGGGUGCUGACGGCGCCGAGUCCUUCGCCGACGGCGUGCCCCGCGAGGGGCUGUCCCGGCAGCACGUGCUCACGCGCAUCGGCGUCAUGUCCCUCGUCAGGAAGAAGGUCCAGGAGUUUGAGCACGUGAACGGGAAGUACAGCACCCCGGACCUGAUCCCCGAGGGGCCCCAGGGCAAGAAGCCGGGCGAGGCCGUCUCCUCCGACCCCAACACCCCCGUGCCCGCCAGCCCUGCCUACCUGCCGCCCGGCCCGCUGGGCCUGCCAGACAAAAUGGAAGCCCCGCUGGGCUACCUGGACGAGAGGGAGCCGGGGGUGCAGAAGCCGAGGAAGCCUCCGGAAGUCCAGGCCCUGCCGACCACACUGGACAGAGCGGAGGGCGAGGCCAAGCACGAGCGCUCCGAGGGGAAGGACCCGGCCCGCGAGGGGCGCCUGGAGGAGCCGGAGAAGACCCCGCCCUCCCCAGAGCCGCUGCCCAAAGAGGAAGCGCUUCCCGAGAAGGAGCGAGUCCUGGACAAGCUGGAGCUCAGCCUGCUGCACGGCAGGGGCGACGGCAGCGACUUCAGGCCAGAGGACUCCAGAGUGGAUGAGAAGGAGCCCGUGGAGGCCCAGCAGAACGGCGACAAGGAGGAGGAGGAGGAGGGGAGGAAGGAGGAGCGGCUCGGGAAGUUCAAGUUCAUGUUCAACAUCGCAGACGGGGGCUUCACAGAGCUGCACACGCUGUGGCAGAACGAGGAGCGUGCCGCCGUGUCCUCGGGGAAGACCUACGACAUCUGGCACCGCCGCCACGACUACUGGCUCCUGGCGGGCAUCGUGACGCACGGCUACGCGCGCUGGCAGGACAUCCAGAACGACCCCCGGUACACGAUCCUCAACGAGCCCUUCAGGUCGGAGAUCCACAAGGGCAACUACCUGGAGAUGAAGAACAAGUUCCUGGCCCGCAGGUUCAAGCUGCUGGAGCAGGCCCUGGUGAUCGAGGAGCAGCUGCGCAGGGCCGCGUACCUGAACAUGACCCAGGACCCCAACCACCCCGCCAUGGCCCUCAACGCCCGCCUGGCCGAGGUGGAGUGUCUGGCCGAGAGCCACCAGCACCUGUCCAAGGAGUCGCUGGCGGGGAACAAGCCGGCCAACGCCGUCCUGCACAAGGUCCUGAACCAGCUGGAGGAGCUCCUCAGUGACAUGAAGGCCGACGUGACUCGGCUGCCCUCCAUGCUGUCACGCAUCCCCCCGGUGGCCGCCCGCCUGCAGAUGUCCGAGCGCAGCAUCCUCAGCCGCCUGACCAACCGGGCCGGCGACCCCACCAUCCAGCAGGGCGCUUUCGGCUCCUCCCAGAUGUACAACAACUUUGGGCCCAACUUCCGGGGCCCCGGACCGGGAGGGAUCGUCAACUACAGCCAGAUGCCCCUGGGCCCCUACGUGACUGAUACCUAGCCGUCCCUGGACAGCCUCUGCCGCCGUGCUCGUGGCCAGCGCAGCCCCACCUGCCGGCCACCUGCCUUGAUUCUGCGGGAGAGAGAAGCUGCUGCCCUGGGACGGGAAGGACAGUCCGUCGGGGGAAGGACGCGGUGCAGCCCCGCCGGGCCUGAGUGUGGACGCGCCACCACGUCCGACCCGGGCGCCGCCAGCCGGGCGACAGCAGCAGGUGUCCCCCUGGCCUUCUCCAGAGCAGCCCCAGACGGGGUCUGGGUUACCUGUCCGACCUUUGCACUCUAUUGAACACUUGCACACGUUCCUCUCCAUGGCCCUUCGUCACGCCCGAGGGCCCGGCCAGCAGCGCCUCCAGCCACGGCCCCCCGCCUUGCCCCCCCAGGUCCCGGCUCCUGUCAGCACGGGCUGGGGGGCCAGUCCCCGCGCGCGUCCUGACCCUGCAGGCCCUGGGCUCUGCCGAGCCCGUGGGGGACAGGCCUGGGCUGGGCUCUGGGGGGCUGGGGGUGGCAUCUGCCCCAGGUCCUGUGGUGAGUGCUGAGGGGCAGACCCGGUCCCCGUGGCACAGAGUGUGACCCGAUGUCCAGUGCAUUCUGGGUCCCGGACCCCCCAGUUCCCCACCUGGAGUGGCCAGGCUCCGGCGGACCCCUGCCCCCCCCCCCGCCUCCCCUCCCCGGGAAGAAUGGCCAGAGGCUCCUGGCCUGCGGGGACUCUCCAGCGCGCCCCUCCCGUGUCCCUGUGUCCUGCCUGGGGGUGGCCGGGCGGGAGUGUGUGGGGGCUUACUGGGGCGGUGCCCUGCGGUGUUGGACCCUGAUCUCCUGGCCCGGCCCACGGCGAGUGUCCCCGCGUCUCAUGGGCACUCUGGGCAGACGGUAGCCUUCCCGGAGCCCCUUAAGCCUCACCUGUAACUGCUCUCAGCGCCCCUGGUGGGCUGGACCCCCCCAAGGCACUUUCCAUCUUCGUGUCCCCCAAACGGGCUCCAAGGCCUACCAGCUCUGGCAUGGCCCCUGGAUGGAUGGAGUAGGGCCUCGAUGCAGCUGCUGACCCCCCGUGGGGUCCAGUUAGUGCCACCGCCACCAGGAGUGUGAAGGCCACUGCGCCCGCGCCCACUCAGCACAGAGCACGGGGUGUGGUGGGCGGGCCCGGGCCCAUGGCCACGCCCCCGGGCUGGGGUCCCUCCUGGUUGGUCCGUGGCGCCCCGUGCCCCGCCCCCUGCCGGGAUCUCCCCGCCCCUCGGCCCUCGGCCCCGCCCCCGCAGCGGGCCGGGCGGGCGAGGCCGCGGGUGGGUGGGCGCGGGCGGGCGGGCGGGGGUCCGGACGGCUGGCGAGGGAAGGAUCUUGGCGCGUUUUCUUCUUGGUUCUCCUUGGUUGUCGUCGCCCGCCGGGGCGGGGGGCGGCCGCCGGCUCGGGCGUUUUCCGGCUGGCUUUGCUUUCCGCGGCGGGUGGUCGCGGGCCCGCGGGCAGGCGGACCCCCGGUGCCGCCGCGUUUUCUUUCCAGCCACCUUAUCAUUUCAGCCAGUGUGGCCGGGGGUGCGAGACCCGCGCCCGCCCCGCUCGUGCUCCUGGGGCCGCGGGCCGCGGGGUGCCGCCCGCCCACCGUCAUUGGCGUUGUUGUGUUUGGGGAUUUUUUCUUAGUUUUCAGGUUUUUUUUUUAAACAAAGUAUUUUUUUAGGUGCGAUGACCCGGGAAGGGCGCUUUGGGGAUAUGUGUGUGUGCGUGUCCUGGCCCCGGCCCGGGCGCCCUCGAGCCCACCGGAGAGGAGGGGGUCCCCGGCCGGCGCUGCGGGAGGGGCGGGCGGCUGGGCCCGGCCACUGGCCCUGACUUUGUACUCUGCGUGUGCGUCUUGGUUUUCUGUGUUUUAAUAAACCCUUGGGAGUCUG